CAAGACGCGCUUUGGACACGACAUAUAAAGCGGAGGAAGCAAGGCGGGCCCGUUUCACUCUCAGGUGUUGGCACAACCUGGAGAAGAAAUGAGCCCCGCAGAUGCAUCUAACAGCACGGCAGAAUGGGAGCCUGAUGAAGUCGGUUUGUUGAAUCUGCCCAAUGGAAGCAUGGAUUUAAACCAACAUGGUUUCCACUCAGACAUUACCAAGCACCUUGCAGUGCAGAUCACCCUCAUCACAGCGUAUUCUCUCAUCAUCCUGCUGGGACUUCUCGGGAAUGCUCUUGUUAUUUACAUGAUCAUCCGCUACAGAAACAUGCGAACUGUUACCAAUUUCUUCAUUGCCAACUUGGCACUCGCAGAUUUGCUGGUGGACACUUUGUGCCUGCCCUUCACGCUGGUCUACACCCUGCUAGAUGAGUGGAAGUUCGGUGCGCUGCUGUGCCAUAUGGUGCCCUUCGCCCAGGCUCUGAGCGUGCAUGUAUCCAUCCUGACUCUGACGGUCAUUGCUCUGGAGCGGUACCGUUGCAUCGUCUUCUACUUGGGCCAGCGCCUCACGUGGCAGUCCAGCUUUCUCAUCAUGGCUUUCACUUGGACCAUCUCAGCGAUCCUGGCGGCACCCCUGGCUAUCUUCAGAGAGUACCGCUAUGAAGAGAUCCCCUCCGUUAAUCUACACUUUGCCGUGUGUUUCGAGAAGUGGCCGCACGGGACCGGCAGGGAUGGCGUCAUCUACAGCCUUUCCAUGCUGCUUCUACAGUACAUUAUCCCUCUAGCAGUCAUCAGUUAUGCUUAUAUUUGCAUCUGGGUCAAGUUGAAGAAUCACAUCAGCCCAUCUACUCGCAAUGAUAGCAUCAUGCGUCGCAAAAAGACCACUAAGAUGUUGGCUCUGGUGGUGGUAGUGUUUGCCAUCUGCUGGUUGCCCUUCCAUGUAUUUCAGCUGGCCAGCGAUCUGGACCUGGUUCUCAUGUUCGAGGAGUAUAAAUUGAUUUACACAGUGUUCCAUAUUGUCGCUAUGUGUUCCACUUUUGCUAACCCGCUCCUCUACGGUUGGAUGAAUAAGAACUAUAGAAAUGGAUUCUUAAUGGUUUUCCGCUGUGAGGAUAAGCCAGAUUCUUUCCAUCCCGAGGGGUCCUUUAGAACUCGCUCUAUGAGGCGACAAACGCUCAACGGUCGUAAUGGUGGACACCCGCCGACUGCUGUAUGAGAAGCCGGGAGACGUUGGAAAAUGUUGCUAUUUUGCAGCAACUGUGGUACAAAUUUGGGAUGGGCAUUCGUCAAAAUUUCUCUGAUAUUUUUCUAAGAAAAUUGGAGAAUUUCUUUCAGUCAAUCCUUUUCUCUGAAUGUUCUGAACUGCUGUUUCCAUGUCAGUGCUGUAUUGAGAAAAAUAAUGCUGCAUGCAGUGGUGCGUUUAUUCAUUUGGAAAACUCAGUCAAGGGUCCUUUCCCAUCAGUGUACUGCAAAGGUUUUUUCAAUAUUAAUGGUUAUCAUCAUAAACAAAGGAUGAGUUUAAGAAAAUUCUAUAUUUUCUGAGUGAGACUAAAUUUACAAAUGAUCAACGCUUUAACUGUAAGUGAUAAGAGCAUUAAUCAACAUUGUGUAGUAGACCAUUUGGAUUGCUUAAUAACUCAUGUGAUGAAAAGCAUCACUCAUGUCACUCUCCACUUCAUAUCUCCUACGUCCUCCUUAGCUGACACUGACAGCAGCACUACUGCAACUGGCCUGGUCUGGUUCUUGCUGUUGUUGGUUAAACAGUCAUUGUCCUGAAUUAAGUCAGCAAUAUGAUGAUAGAAUAGUCCAUUGCAUUAGAAGCAGCAGGCGCACUGAAACAAUGAUUGAUUUGGCAUUUUGUUCUUAGGUUUUAAGAGUGUAAAUUAGAACUUUUUUUUUUUUUUGCUUUUAAUCUAAGAAAAUGUUUUCAUUCGUUCUACCCGUGCCUGCGUGGGUUUUCUCCAGGGACUCCAGUUUUCUCCCACAUCCCAAAAACAUGCGUGGUAGGCUGAUUGAACACUCUAAAUUGUCCGCAGGUAUGAGUGUGUGCAUGAAUGGUUUUAUGUCUGUUUGUACCCUGCGAUUGGCUGACAACCAAUUCAAGGUGUACCCCGCCUACUGCCCGUAGUUAGCUGGGAUAGGCUCCAGCACCUCUGCGACCCUCGUGAAGAAAAGCGGCAUGGAAAAUGAAUGAAUGAAUGUUAUUAUUCAGUUUAUGAGACAUUUCGGGAACCUUGGAAAUCUCGGGGCCCAAGGCAAUUGUCUGUUUUUCCUUUAUGGCAAGUCUGCCCCCGGCUGCUUCCUGGAGAAAUUGGUAGCAUGGAUGUAGCUGUCAUGUCAUUGUGUUUUUCAUAGUCUAAAAACAAAUUGAGUCUGAAUAACAGCAUCUCCGCUGGUGGCAAAUAAGCAGUACACUCCAUUUUGUCUCAACUGAUGUGAUCAUUCAAUAUUUUCAUAUAAUGCACAGAAUUUAUUACGCUUAAUUGAUCAAUGAACAGAUUCUUAAGCCCAUCCCUGGUACAAAUGUAGCCUUUUGACCUCAACCAACUGGCCUUGAGUUUACAUCAUGCUUUAUGUAAAGCAAUUAUUUCAUUUGUGAAUGUUCAUAGUGAACGCAGUGUUUUCAAAUAAUGCGCACUAGUGUGUUAACUACUCCUGUAAUCUGUAUAAAGUGUUACUUAUCAAUGCACAUGACUUAUCAUCUGCAUUUAUUGAACUAUGUGUCCUAUUUCAAGUAGGAAAAAGUUGUUCUUGUAAUUACAAGGCAAAUUAAUUUUUUCAAAAAUUCAUUUCUUUUAAGAUGACUUUUUUUGUGAAGGAGUUUACUGCAAACCAAGUGGCAUUCAAAUCCAUUUAAGGACUCCACAGAAGGUUGCUGCUGCUUCGCUGUCUCCACAGGAACUUAAUGAUUUUGACCUGAAAGUGCUCCAGAUCAGAUGCACAGCCAUGAUUCCUUAUGAUGGAAGUGAAAAAAGGAAUCAUAUGAAUAAAGUGGAACAAGGUGUCUUGGAAAGUGUGCAAUAGUGCUUUUAAAAGGGAUUUCGAUUAAGAAUCUUGAUUUUUUUUUUUUUUUUUUAAUAACUCAGCUUCCGAAGUGCAUGUGCUUUUUGCUGGUUGUGUUUUAUCAAUAAGACAGCUUACACCCAUCAGUUAAACUAUCAAUGAAAAAGUGUAACACCAUGUCUCUCAAUAACUGUGUCAUUGUAAGUGUGGGUAAAAACAACAAAGACAGCAGCUUGUGGUGUCAGGCAUAUAAGCCCCAUACAAACAGGCACAGAAAAACAGUUUGUUGAGCUAAAUAACCCCGCCCAUAAACUUUUGGGUUGCUUUCUGGACAAUGCAACAGAGGAUUUAAACGCAAAUAAAGAAUUUGAAAAGAAAACAAUUGUGGCUUAUGCUGAGGGUGUACUG